AUGGCUGCCCGCAAGGAAUUCGCUCUUCUCGCCCUGGAGAACCCUCUCCUUGAUAUUCAGGCUCAAGCUGACCAGGCUCUGUUGGAUAAGUAUGAGCUGAAGGCCAACGACGCCAUUCUGGCUGAGGAGAAGCACCUCCCUCUGUAUGAGGAGCUUCUCAACAACUAUGACGCCAAGCUGAUUGCGGGUGGUGCUGCCCAAAACUCCGCCCGUGGUGCCCAGUACAUCCUGCCCCCCAACAGCGUUGUCUACCUUGGUGGUGCUGGUGACGACAAGUACUCCGCCAUCCUCAAGGAUGCCGUCAAGCAGGCUGGCCUUCGCGUCGAGUACCGUGUUGACCCCAAGGAGAAGACCGGCCGCUGCGGUGCCAUCAUCACUGGCCACAACCGCAGUCUCGUCACUGACCUUGGUGCUGCCAACCACUACGGCCUUGACCACUUGAAGAAGCCCGAGAUCUGGAGCCUCGUUGAGAACGCUGAGGUCUACUACAUUGGCGGCUUCCACUUCACUGUCUCUCCUCCUGCCAUCAUGGAGCUUGCCAAGCAGGCCGCUGAGCACAACAAGACCUUUGUUCUCUCCCUCUCUGCCCCCUUCAUCCCCCAGUUCUUCAAGGAGGUCGUUGACGCCUCUGCCCCUUACUGGGACUACAUCAUCGGCAACGAGACCGAGGCCGCCGCCUACGCCGAGUCCCACGACCUCCCCUCCAAGGAGCCCAAGGACGUCGUCAAGGUCCUCGCCAACCUGCCCAAGGAGAACGGCAAGCGCAAGCGCGUCGCCAUCGUCACCCAGGGCACCGAGCCCACCCUCGUCGCCAUCCAGGGCGAGGAUGCCAUCCAGGAGUUCCCUGUCCACGCCAUUGAACCCGCCAAGAUCAACGACACCAACGGUGCCGGUGAUGCUUUCGCUGGUGGUUUCUUGGCUGGCCUUCUUGAGGGCAAGUCCCUCGCCACCUCCAUCGAUAUGGGCCAGUGGCUUGCCAAGCUGAGCAUCCAGGAGCUUGGCCCAUCUUACCCCUUCCCCAAGCAGGUCUAUGGCCAAUAG